CCCUCCUCCCCGGCGCAGGGCUGGGUUUAGUUCCCCGGAACCUGACUUGUGCUUCCGGGUCAGAGCCAUGGCGGUGGCAAAUUCAAGCCCCGUAAACCCGGUGGUGUUCUUUGAUGUCAGCAUCGGUGGCCAGGAGGUUGGCCGCAUGAAGAUCGAGCUGUUUGCAGAUGUUGUGCCCAAGACAGCCGAGAACUUCAGGCAGUUCUGCACUGGAGAAUUCAGAAAAGAUGGGGUUCCAAUAGGCUAUAAAGGAAGCACCUUCCACAGGGUCAUAAAAGAUUUCAUGAUUCAGGGUGGAGAUUUUGUUAAUGGAGAUGGUACUGGAGUUGCCAGUAUUUACCGGGGCCCUUUUGCAGAUGAAAAUUUUAAACUCAGGCACUCAGCUCCAGGCCUACUUUCCAUGGCAAACAGCGGGCCCAGUACAAAUGGCUGUCAGUUCUUUAUCACCUGCUCAAAGUGCGACUGGCUGGAUGGGAAGCACGUAGUGUUUGGAAAAAUCAUUGAUGGACUUCUAGUGAUGAGAAAGAUUGAGAAUGUUCCUACAGGCCCCAACAAUAAGCCCAAACUGCCUGUGGUGAUCUCACAGUGUGGGGAAAUGUAGUCCAGACCAAGACUAAAUCGUAAUCGGGCUUCCUUUGCUGUUGGCGGCUUUCCUGAGUCAGAUAAGCUGGACUGGCCUCUGUAUUUGCAUUCCUGCCUGCUGAGGAAAUAUCAGACUCAGAAUCAAAGAGUGUACAUUUAAUUUUUUAAUUGUAAAUAAAGGUUUUUGAGUGUGCA